AUGGUUGCUACGGUGGCAAUAGUUCUCGACGUGAACACGCGGUUCAAUGCUCGACGCCGUUGCGGUUCAGUGCCGGGUCGUCAGGUAAUUAACCGUGAUACGGUAGGUGGGCAUGCUAGAUUAUUCGAAGACUAUUUCGCGCAGCAUCCUGUCUAUGGCCCCUCGUAUUUUCGCCGAAGGUUUCGAAUGUCUCGGCCGUUGUUUUUUCGCAUAGUGAAAGCUGUGCGGGAACACGAUAGCUAUUUUGUGCAGAUAAGAAAUGUUGUUGGAAAACUUGGGUUAUCAUCUCUUCAAAAGGCUACCGCAGUGAUCCGAAUGUUGACUUAUGGUGUAGCAGCGGAUGCUACAGAUGAGUACAUUCGGAUUGGAGGAAGUACUGCUUUGAAAAGUAUGAAAGCAUUUGUUAGAGCUAUUGUUGAAGUUUUCGGAGAUGGGUAUUUUAGAUCUCCAAAUGAAGCCGAUACCGCUAGAUUGCUUGCAAUUGGAGAGAGCAGAGGGUUCCCUGGAAUGCUAGCAGAAGGGCAAGCUCCAGAAAUUAAUUUUACAGUAAAUGGUAACAAUUAUACAAUGGGGUACUACCUUGCCGAUGACAUAUACCCGCAGUGGGCAACACCCUCUCCACUAGGGCAGAAGAAUAAAUAUUUUGCAAAAUGUCAAAAAACACAUAGGAAGGAUGUGGAACGAGCAUUUGGAGUGCUUCAAGAUCGUUUUGCAAUUGUUCGUGGACCAACAAGACUGUGGGAUCAAGAAGUACUCCAUGAUAUCAUCACAGCUUGUGUCAUCAUGCAUAACAUGAUAGUUGAAGAUGAGCGAGAUGAAGGUCCACAAGACUACAAUUACGACAACAUGGGAGAAAAGGUUAUUCCCUCUCAUGCACAGACGGCUAAAUUCUCAAACUUCAUUCAAAAUCAUCUUGACAUCCGAAACGCACAAGUCCACUCUCAACUAAAGGAUGACCUGGUUGAGCACCUAUGGCAAAUUUAUGGGGCAAUGUAG